GGUAAAAACGUAGUUUCACUUUUCAACUCCCGGUCUCUUUAUAUCCAUAGUUGAAACUUGAGACGCACUUAUCCCUCCCUCCCUCCUUCCUUCCAUCGGAACUGGACGUCCGGGGUGUUUUCCGGUUGAAUCCUCGCCGGAGUUCCGACUUUGUUAUUGGGAUUCUUCAUUUUCUCACCUGGAUUAUGUGAUUCCACGUGAAGCUCUUCUGCUAUCGAUGAUUUUAGGAACUCCAGAAAGAAGUGCCCCUGAUUGGCUACUGAUUCAGAGAUCAGCCAUUCAGCCUGAUGGAUGAUAGAGUUUGUUUUACAAAUGACUAUGACUAUGUUGGUGAGCCUGUUGGUAUAAUGACAAGUGUGACUUGAUUCACAUUGAGGAACAGGUAUCUAUAAUUUUUAUGUUGUCAGCAUCCUUUUAAGUCAAGUACAUGACAUGGCAUCAAGAUCUUCUACAAACUUUCUGGACGUGGCUUGUGAAGAAAUUUUGGACGUUCCUCAAACUCCUAGAGCUCUUCCUCGGCUUAUGACUGUUCCUGGAAUCAUCUCUGAUGGAAGCAAUGAUGGUGACUUGGAUGUUAAUUCACCCAUCCAUCAAGACCGUAAAAUUGUAGUCUCUAAUAUGUUGCCUUUGCAUGCUCAGAAGGAUAAAGAAACUUCACGGUGGCGUUUCAGUUUGGAUGAAGAUUCCCUUCAUUUACAAAUGCAGGAUGGGUUUUCUUCUGAAACUGAGUUCUUGUACGUGGGUUCCCUAAAGGUUGAGAUUGAACCCAGUGAACAAGAGGAAGUUGCACAGAGAUUGUUGGAUGAGUUCAAGUGUGUUCCAACCUUUCUACCCGCAGACAUUCAUAAGAAGUUUUAUUAUGGUUUCUGUAAGCAAUAUCUGUGGCCUCUUUUCCACUAUAUGUUACCUAUGUGUCCAGACCAUGGAGAUAGAUAUAAUCGUCAGCUGUGGCAAGCAUAUGUAUCUGCUAACAGGUUAUUUGCCGACAAGGUAAUGGAAGUCAUGAAUCCUGAUAGUGAUUACAUAUGGGUACAUGAUUAUCAUCUUAUGGUUCUCCCAACUUUUCUGAGGAAACGUUACCACCGUGUCAAACUUGGAUUUUUUCUCCACAGUCCAUUCCCUUCUUCAGAAAUAUACCGGACUUUGCCGGUCAGAGACGAUGUUCUUAAAGGACUUCUGAACUGUGAUCUCAUUGGUUUUCAUACUUUCGAUUAUGCACGCCAUUUUCUGUCAUGUUGCAGUAGGAUGUUAGGCCUGGACUAUGAAUCGAAACGUGGGCAUAUCGGGCUCGAUUACUUUGGCCGUACCGUUUAUAUAAAAAUUUUGCCAGUGGGUAUUCAUAUGGGCAGGUUGGAAUCUGUGUUGGAGCUUUCCUCCACGAUUAACAAGGUCAAUGAAAUUCAAGAGCAAUAUAAGGGGAAAAAGGUGAUUCUUGGAGUGGAUGAUAUGGACAUUUUUAAAGGCAUCAGUUUGAAAUUGCUAGCUUUUCAACACCUAUUGGAAGUAAAUCAGAAGUUUCAAGGAAAGCUUGUUCUCGUACAAAUAGUCAACCCAGCGCGUAGCUCUGGGAAAGAUGUUCAAGAAGCAAAGAGGGAAACAUAUUCGACCACUAAAAGAAUCAAUGAACUUUUCGGUCAACCUGGAUACCAACCGGUGGUUUUGAUUGACCGUCCGGCUGCUCGCUAUGAAAAGACUGCAUAUUAUGCUGUGGCGGAGUGUUGCAUAGUCAAUGCAGUUAGAGAUGGGAUGAAUUUGGUGCCGUAUAAGUACAUUGUAUGUAGACAGGGAUCUUCUGGUAUCAAGUCUGAUUCUGCUCAACCGACUAGCACACUUGUGGUGUCUGAGUUUAUUGGUUGUUCACCGUCUUUGAGUGGAGCAAUUAGAGUAAACCCAUGGGACAUUGAAGCUGUCGCCGAAGCACUAAGCACAGCCAUUACCAUGCCUGAAUCUGAGAAACAUUUGAGGCAUGAAAAACACUACCGAUACAUUAAGUCUCAUGAUGUUGCGUAUUGGGCCCGCAGUUUUCUUAUGGAUUUGGAGAGGGCGUGUAAGGAUCAUUAUAGCAAGCGUUGUUGGGGUGUGGGGUUGGGACUUCGUUUCAGAGUUCUUUCGCUUUCUCCGAGUUUUAGAAAGUUGUCUAAUGAUCGCAUAUUGUCAUCGUACAAAAGGACACACAGAAGGGCGAUAUUCUUGGACUAUGAUGGAACAAUCGUGCCUCAAUCAUCGAUACAUAGUUCUCCUAGUGAUGAAGUCAUUCGUUGCCUGAGUGUUCUCUCUAAUGACCCCAAAAAUACGGUGUUUAUUAUUAGUGGCCGAGGAAGGAGUUCCUUGAGUGAGUGGCUUGAACCAUGUGAUAGACUCGGUCUGGCUGCUGAACAUGGUUUUUUCUUAAGGUGGAAUAAAAGCUCAGAUUGGGAAUGCAUGAAUGCUGAUGUAGAGUGGAAACGAAUUGUUCAACCUGUAAUGAAACAAUACACUGAUGCGACUGAUGGCUCAUCUAUAGAAACUAAAGAGAGUGCCUUGGUUUGGCACCACCAGGAUGCAGACCCUGACUUUGGGUCCUGCCAGGCUAAAGAAUUGCUUGAUCAUUUGGAAAAUGUUCUUGCAAAUGAACCCGCUGUCGUCAAGAGAGGGCAGCAAAUUGUGGAAGUGAAGCCCCAAGGUGUGACCAAAGGGUUGGCAGCUGAGAAGGUUCUCGAGAUGAUGGUUAACAAGGGGAAGCCACCUGAUUUUGUGGUGUGUAUAGGUGAUGAUAGGUCGGAUGAAGACAUGUUUGAGGGAAUCAUAAAAAUGGUUUCUGGUCUGACCAUUUCACCAGUCCCAGAAUUGUUUGCCUGCACAGUCGGACAAAAGCCGAGUAGAGCAAGGUAUUACCUUGACGACACCACAGACGUGGUCAGGUUGCUUCAAGGCCUUGCCAAUGCAUCAAACCCAAAGCCGAUACAGAUUGCUGAGUUCCAGUCUGUGUUUGACAUGUUCAAGUGAGUUAGGGGUUCUUUUUUGUGUUUGCUUUCCGAAGGGGGUAAAGUUUUGCAGCUGUUUGAAAAUGGCUGCCUGCCUUUAGUGUUGGAGAAGCGCCAUUGAUGUGUAUAUGUUCUAACUGACGACUUUCUAAUUGAAUUAUGAUAUAUAUAAAAGUCUAAUUUUGCUUUUUGUUUGCUGAGACCAGCC